AUGGAGGUGACCACCAUGUCCCCAUCUUCCGCCUCACCCACUAAAGGAGAUGAUCUGUGUGAGGCAGAUGUCACCACCGUGGCCAUACACAGUGUGACACUGCUCAUCUGCCUCUGUGGGCUGGCUGGGAAUGGGGCUGUCCUCUGGCUCCUCAGCCUGAAAACUGGUAAUUAUCGCAUCUUUAACCUGGCUGUUGCUGACUUCCUCUUCCUUCUCUUCACAGUCCCCACCAGCCUUCUCUUCCUGGUGGAGGACGUGUCCUGCUCUCCUAUCUUGCCCCUGCUGUACCAGCAUUUCUUUUUCCAGCUCUCAGUGGUCUCCUACUACUGGGCAUUAUUCCAGCUGAUUCCCAUCAGCAAUGUGCUGUAUAUGUACAAGCUCUGCAAGCUCUCCUGCCGCUGCAACCUUCCCGAGCGCCUCUGGUUGGUGGUCGGAAGUGUUCAAUACUGGGCCUUCUUUGCUCUCUUCACUGUCAUUCUCACGGUGACAUUCCUGUGCCCAUCACACGAGCAGGAGCACUGCUGGGCAGCUCUUAUCUCCGUGUACACUAUCAUCCUGCUCCUCUUUGUUGCACCUGUGGCCAUUUCUUUCACAAUCGAUUUCAUUAAGGCCAAGUGGGGCUCCCAGCAGCAGCAACCCAAGAGGCGCGACAUCGUUAUCCACCUCACUGCGCUGUUAACUCUCCUCCUCAGCUUCUGCCAUUUCCUGCAGCAGCUCGGUUACAUCACUGUGCCAUCCCAGUUUUUUUUCCUGCUCACCUGCAUCAACAGCAGCAUCAAACCUUUCAUUUACUUCGUGGUGGGGAGUUGGAGGACAGACAACUCCAUGGGAAGCUCCAGGGCGCAAUGCUCCAUGGUGAGCUGCUGGAGGCAAUGUAGAGUGGAAUCUCUCAGGGACUCGCUCCAGAGGGUCUUUGAGACGCAGAAAGAAACAACAGCCCCCAGAAAUUAUGCCCCCAGGGACACGGGGGUCUGAGCAUGCUGAUCCCUUCCACUGCUCUGCUGAACGACCCCAGGACAGUGGCUGAAGGUUUCCUUGAGUCACCUGAUAAAUCAAUACCCACGGGAUCACCCUCCCUGUGGUGGUGUAUUCCUGCAGGAGAAGGGAGCAGGAGCAUUGCCAAGGGCCAUGUGUGAGGGAUGCUCUGCAGGGAGCACACUGGAGCAUGGCUUUCCUCCUCCCUCCUGGAUCCACAUGGCUCCAAGCAGUGCAGCUGGGCUCAGUGCUGUUCCCCAGCUCUAUUCACCAUGGAAUGACCCUCAUGGCCUUGGCCCCUGGGAAUGAACUCCAUCUCCUUUGGCUCAGCAGAUGAGUUUCAUGGUGUCUUCAGGGACCUCUUGCCUGCAAAGAAGGGGACACCUUAAAGCCAUGGGGACACACCCAGCACGGGAUGGCAGUGAUUUCCCAAAUCCCUGCAGGGCUGCGUCCAUCUCGAUGGCAGGAGAGGGGUUGGGAUCACACGGAGCAUCCUUCCCCUUCUGUCCAGCAGAGCCAGCCCUGCAUUCCCAGCAGAUGGGAAGGGACACCAGGUAGGGCUGCAGAGCUGGGGAGGGACAGCAACAUUCCCUUAUCCUUUCAGUGGGAAUUUCUCACAUUCGUUAAUUCCAGAGUUAAAUCCUUCUGACUAAAGUGCAGGGUCAAUAGUGAACUCCACUGAACUCCUUUGGUGCCUGUGACCAAAAAGAGCUUGAAACAUGGAAAUUCCCAUCACCAGAUGCCUGGACCAUUUAAUGGCACAGAAAUCAGGGGGUUAUGCUGCUCUUCUGCAGAAUGGGGCCAUCCUCUGCUUCCGCAGCAUCAAUGUCCAAGGAAGGCCUUGACCACCUCCAUCCUGAACCUGGCCACCCUCAGGAGGAGCCGA